AUGGCGGCAAAUGGUGAUGGGUGGUGGCGAUGGGCUAGUAAUGCGAUGAUGGUGGAAGAGGGUGAUGGGUGGUGGAAGUGGAAGAUUGUGUUGGAGAACAAUUUGUUGGAAGGACGGUAUUCAGAAAUUUCUCUAAAUUUUCUUUUUACUAAACUUAUUGAUGUUGUGGCUGAUCGGCUAGCAAAGGAGUUUAAAGUCGCUGUUGUAUAUUCUUCUGACUUGAAGCGAGCUCUUGAGACUGCACAGACUAUUGCAAAAGCUUGUGGCGAGCUGGAGAUUUUUAAAGUGUGUUGUGUGGGUGUUUUGUGCAUAGAAUCAUUGUAUGCUAUUAAGAAAACACAGUAUCUAGUGGUACAUAAGCUGGAAACAUGGGAAGUCACGGUAGGAACAGGAGAGAAACGGUGUCAUCCUCAAAACAAAGAAACCGAAGUCGAAGAAGGAGAUCUGACGACUCAAAACAAAGGUCUUUGUGGAAGAUUACUGAGGAAGACAUUUCUGAGUAUUUGGCUAAAAAAGCUCAGAGGAAGAUUUCUGUGGCGAAAGAAGAUUGAGCAGGAUGUUUCCCAAGGUGUAGCUCUUGAUGAGUUUUCAAUUAAAGCAGAGAAAAAGAGACAGAGAGAAAGGCUGGCGGAGAUUGAAAAGGUUAAAAAGAGAAGAGAGGAAAGAGCUAUUGAAAAAGCACAGCAUGAAGAAGAAAUGGCACUGUUAGCUAAGGAACGUGCUCACACUGAAUUUCAGGACUGGGAGAAGAAAGAGGAAGAGUUUCAUUUUGAUCAAAGCAAAGUUAGAUCUGAGAUUAGAUUGUGUGAAUGUCGUAUGAAGCCUAUUGAUAUUCUCUGCAACCACCUCAGUGGCUCAGAUGACUCGGACCUGGAAUUAAAUGAACCUUACAUGGUUUUCAAUGGCUUGACAGUUAAGGAGAUGGAAGAGCUUCAUGAGGACAUCCAGAUGUAUCUGGAUUUGGAUAGGUCAACGCCUAUGCAUAUAGAGUAUUGGGAGGCACUUAUAGUGGUUUGUGAUUGGGAACUAGCUGAAGCACAGAAGAAAGAUGCACUGGAUCGAGCCAGAGUGCGUGGGGAGGAACCUCCUGCUGAGUUGCUUGCAGAAGAAAGGGGGUUGCAUUCAAGUAUUGAACUAGAUGUCAGGAACCUUUUGCAAGGGAAGACUCACAGUGAGCUUGAGGCAUUACAAACCAUUAAAUCACAAAUGCGUACUUGCACCGCAAAGGUGGUUGAGUAUUGGGAAGCCAUUCUUAAACGACUCCAUAUAUACAAGGCAAAGGUACUUUUGAAAGAAAUACAUGCUAAAAUGCUGCGAAAGCAUCUGCAACGAGUCGAGCAACCUUUGGACGGUGGAGAUAAAUUUGAGACCAAUCAUGAUUUGAGGUCUGAAGAAGAGGACAUUCAGCUUCAGAAUGAUGAUAAUAAUGCAGGAAAUUUCUCUCCAGAACUUAUAUCAAGGGAAGAGGCUCAAGAAGCAGAAGAAGAGCCUGGAUCAUUUUCACCUGAACUAUUGCAUGGUGAUGAAAAUGAAGAAGCUAUUGACCCUGAUGAGGCCAGUGCUAUGUUGGAAGAGCAGCGAAGGCAGAUUCAAGAAGCUAUGCCAUCAAAACCAACUCCUUCAUAA